GUGCUCUGCACUGCCAACGUAUGCAAACAGGAACAUGGCUACCGGUUUUUAACAUCAGCAGUCUAUUUGAAAAAACACACAUCUGUGAUAAUACAAUAUUUGCUGUGCCUCCGUGACAGAAGAAGGAAAAAGCCGUCGUAGAGUUUAUCAGCGGAGCCGGCAGACCCUCUGAAAACAGCGUCUUCUUGUUCAUAAAUCACAGACAGUGUGGGUCAAGAUGGCAAGUCCAAGGACCAGACGAGUUCUGAAGGAAGUGAGAACCCAGGAUGAGAAUAAUCUGUGUUUUGAAUGCGGCGCUUUCAACCCCCAGUGGGUUAGUGUGACCUAUGGCAUCUGGAUUUGUCUUGAGUGCUCUGGCAAGCACAGAGGCCUGGGAGUACAUCUCAGUUUUGUGCGCUCUGUCACCAUGGACAAGUGGAAAGAUAUUGAACUCGAGAAGAUGAAAGCAGGAGGGAAUGGAAAAUUCCGAUUGUUUCUUGAACUUCAAGAUGAUUAUGAUCCCAACUGGACUUUACAGGAGAAAUACAACAGCAAAGCUGCUGCACUCUUCAGGGACAAGGUUGCAACUUUAGCAGAGGGUAAGGAAUGGUCCAUUGAGACAUCCUCUGCCAAAAACUGGACAUCUCCUCAACCCAAGACGAGCCUUUCAUCCUCUCAUCGCUCAGGGGGACCUGGACAAAACUCAGCGAAGUCCAGCGACAAAGCUUUUGAGGACUGGUUGAGUGACGAUGUUAACUCUUAUCAGAGUGGAGGGGGUUACAGUGGGAAUCAAGAGAAUCGGUAUGUUGGCUUUGGCAACACAGUGACCCCAGAGAAGAAAGAGGAUGACUUCCUGAACAACGCCAUGUCUUCUAUUUAUUCAGGUUGGAGCAAUUUCACUGUUGGCGCUAGCAAAUUUGCUUCUAUCGCUAAAGAUAAUACGACUAAACUGGCAAACCAGGCAACUUUAAAGGCUACAGAGUUAGGACAGACAUUAAAUGAGAAUGUUAUCAAACCUACCCAAGAAAAGGUGAAAGAUGGAAAAUUGCUAGAUGAAAUGACAGUCAGCAUCACUGGGCUGGCAAACAAGGUUCAGGGAGCUGGUGCAAAAUUGACUAACCUCUUCUCGGGAAAACCAGAAGAUGGGUCUGCUGGAGAAAGUUAUCAGAACAUGGAUGCCACUGAGGGAUAUCAAGGCAGUUCUACCCAGCCUGUCUCAAAGGACUUCUGGGAAACCUUUGGCAGCAACACCUCCUUAAAGGCCAAGAAAUCUCCCAGCAGUGACAGCUGGACCGUUGCAGAUAAUUCUGCAAAGAAGAGCUCUGACAGUUGGGACAAUUGGGGCUCCGAAGCCGCGUCCAACAACAAACACAGUACAGAAGAGAGCUGGGAGGCCUGGGACAACAACUGGGAGAAUGCGGAUGGUAAGACGAAGAAGAGUCCCACAAAACCUGCUGAGGACACCUGGGAUAAUGCAGACUGGUAGUGACCUCGCAACCAUCAAUCUCACCUUUUUCCCUCCCCUCCUUUUUCUGGCCUUUUCCAUCUGUCUCCCUCCCUCUCUCUGUUCAUCUCACUGGCACUUUCAGGGAAAGAGCUGUGUCUGCUUUGUUUCUGUCAAUCCAAAUUCAAAAAUAUAUUUAUUAUAAACCCAAGAAACAAUGAAUGAAGCCUGGGGUUAGAUUGAGCUCAUUAUUAAAUGAAUAUUCUCUAAAAAAAAAAAAAAAAACAACAACAAAAACUGUAUUGACUUGCAGUCAUGUAUAUUAUUGUAAAUUACCUUCAUCACAGGGAAUUACAAUGAAUCAGUGUAGAUAUGGUCAUGAAUUUACUGCCUGGACUCCCCCAAUAUAAUACACUUAAUGGUGAAGAAGAUAGUGUUCAUAGUGUAUCAUGGGUUUAAUAAUAGUGGUUUUCAAUUCACCACAUAAAUAGAUUAAAAAAAAAUCUGACAUUGUAAAUAUGAAUCCUUGUAAAUACAGUAUGAUUGCCUAAACACUAAUCACAUUCAUUUUUAUGUGUUCAAUCAAAUUGACCUACUUUGCCCCUAGACCUUUUGCACGUUUUGUUCUUGUAAAAUUGAUUGUCGAUAAGCAUAUGGAUAGAAUACAGCCAUUUUCAUAGAAAAUAUAGUCAUAAAGUGUAAUUAGAUUAAGGGAACAAAUACUGUAACAAAUUGGCUAUCAUUAAUCAAAAAAUGAACAGAUUUGUCAAUUUUACAUGAAAUAAUCUAAUAUGUAUGUGCUAGGGCUCUUUUUUAACUUUUACAUUAUUUUCAUUAAAAUGUGCAAAUAGUCAAGGGGCUUGAUCAUUUUAUCAUGUUGCCAAGACCAGAAAAUUCUACAACAGGAUGCUUGGAAGUUGUUUUGGGGCAAAUGGAUGUAUCACACUGGUGUCAUGCAGACAAGAUAACUUAAAACUAUUUGGUUUCAGACAGAUAAGCUGUUGAAACUCGUUUUGAUUGACAUUCAUUUUUUCCAUCUCCACUCUGUCAUUAACAACAGCUCAAGACCUCACUGUAAUCUGAGUAAUGAAAAGUAUUCACUGUAAAUGUCUUCAGUGACAGAUAAAGUAUUCUUUAAAGCACAUCCCCAACAUCAUGUUAGGAUUUAUUUUGCAACUGCAACAUUAAUCACAUUGUUUCUUUUUACUUCAUAGCUGUUUUUUGCAAUAUUAUGCUUUUUAUUUGUUUCUUUUUCUUUAUCUGAUCUUAAAGCUGACUGAUAUUGUUCACACAGUCACUGUGUUCAGUUGUGGUCCAGCGGAUGCUCAGAAACCACAAGUAAUGGCUCAUAUUAUGAAAGAAACUUGUUGGACAUCAGCAGUUGUUAAAUUCAUAAUUUUCCUUUUUUAUUUUAAAGACACACAUUUGGGUAUUUUAAAGAAUUGAUAUCUAAAAAUGAUUAGUUUAUUUUUGACAAUUUCAUAUAAAAGCCACUCAUUGCAGGGUUAUAUGCUGUAUGUACUGUACUGUAUAUGCGAGUUGUGUUUUAAUAACUGGACACAGUUGGGAACUGUAGACUGUAGAUUGUUUUCUGCAUGGUUCUGCCUGUAACUUGUGACCUCAGCUGAACUGACAGGUCAUUGUAAAUUUCAUCUUGUAUGAAGAAACCCUGUGUGAUCUGUUCUCCGCAUCUGUGUCAAGUGUUAUUGCACCUUGGUGGUUAUAUAUUGUGGGGAUUUGGUGUCACAGAUAUCUUCACGCGUGUAUUAUCAUCUGAAUUGUGGAGUAAUAUUAAUGAAGCUCAUUAUACGCUGAAUGCUUAGAUGGUCAUAGCUCUCAAAAUGCUUGUUAUAAUUAAAUCAACCUGGUACAUCACUCAGUCAGAUGGUAGUAGGAAUGUAAUCGGUGUGAAAUUUAAUAUUAGGCCUAUUAACCUGAUAAUCUUAAAAUUUAAAUGAGCUGUCGAGGUUUGAAAAGAGUCCAAUUUUGCAGCACCUAACUUCUCUAUGUGGCCUUUAAUUCCUUAUAACAUAGUGUUGCAACUUUAUCCUACUGUUUAGGACUUUAGUUUGAUUUGUUUGUGCAUGUAAUAACCUAGAGAUGCUCAGUCUACAAAUUCUAAAUUCAAGUUAGAUUCAAUCAAACUAAUUUCAACAGAGUUCUGACUCUGAUUUGUCUAAACUUGUUUGGCUUGGUGUGUGUGUGUGCUCAUUGGCCAGUAGUCGGUCAUCAACUGCUCACAGACUAGUGUGCCAGUGCAAUACAGCUGCUGGAUUUUUAUUUGUUAUUAGGGUGUUAAGCAUUUUGCUGUUCUUCUAUAGGUGGCCCUCAUUGGGCCUCUUGAUUGGUAAAAAUAGCAUUUACUAUUGCAGGUUUUGACUAGUGAAGGAUAACUCCUGGGAACUUUAUUCCAUGCCCAUUUCCUACCUCUAAGAAGUCUUCAGUUUACUGACGAGUACUGAACAUGUUUUUUUUCCUAACCUUGCAUCAUGGUUAUGAUGUAGACCUUAUUAUAGCAGGCUUAGUUUGCUGUGACUCAUUUUUGUCUUUGUUAAAAGACAAAAUGUGUGUACGUGUAUAACAGCAAACCAGCAAAGAUUGGUCUACACUGUUUUUAUAUACUGUACUGAUCAUUCCUGGAACAUUUAUGUCGCUUAACCUCUGCAGUCAUGUGUUCAUGUAUGGUCAUGUGUUAAAUGCCUUAAAAAGCUGUGCUUGCUUUUUGUUGAUACCGAUGUCAGUUUGCUUGUGUGUCUCCGAUACAGUGAGGUGUACAUGUCAGUAAAUCACCAUCUAAGAUAAUGUCAAGUCAUACAUUGUUACCCUCAACUUAACCUUUUAUUACGGAAGCUUUAUGUCAGUUAUUUUGUAUUUUUCUUUUUCUUUUAUGAUGGUAUAACAUAAAACAAAUUUAGGGGAAAAUAAUGGAAGACUGUCUUGUGAAAUAACUGAACAGUCACUUGUCUGAAAUGUGUAGUUCUAAAAUACAAUAGUUUUGGUGGAUAAACUUUUGGGGUUACUGGUACACUUGCUUCAUGGUAAAAUUACAGAAUGUGCUAUUGAAUGAAAUGCGUCAUAUAGGUCUUGAUAUAAGGUGAGAAUCUUUUUUUAAAAAAUAAAACCUGAUGUAUUUUUUGCCACAUAAUCAGAAUCGAAUUUUCCAGAGCAACAGUUUAGCUCAGUGUCUGUGCCUGUCGAACAUUUGAGAUCGGGUAUGUCCACGUUUGUUGAUGAAACUGUAAUGUCAGAAAUACUAUUUUUUGAUGUCAUGCAUGAGAUGUAACGUGGAGCUAAAUACAUUCAGCUGUUUUUGAUUUAAAAGGUGUUUCCUCAGUGAAUUGAAGUGCAGUUGUCUGCUUGCCCCCUUCAAGUUUCACCAGCAGCCAUCCCUCGAGGUGAGCCAGUGUUACUCAGUUGAAGCUGUGGAUAUUUUUCCUGUGCACAUGGUCUCUGUGUUAAAUAAAAAUGUAUUGUGCUGUGAAUGCAAUUGGUUUCUUACUUGGUUUUCUAUCCGGUGUCAUUUGUUGACUGUC